GACAAACCGAAGAUGGCGGAGUACCUGGCCUCCAUUUUCGGAACAGAGAAAGACAAGGUCAAUUGUUCAUUCUACUUUAAAAUUGGAGCGUGCAGACAUGGGGACCGCUGCUCUAGGUUGCACAACAAGCCAACUUUCAGCCAGGUAAGCGUACUUCUAUGUCUUGAAUAUGAUUAGCUAGCUAGGGGUUUAUGGCAAGCAAUUGCCCGAUGCUAGUGAUAUAGCCCACUAGAACGUAUCAGGACUUCCUUAGGUUUCUUUGUUAGCUAGCUCGCGUUACUGAUUAUACUCACAUUUGAUUGUUUACUUGUUUGUGUGGAGAUUGGACUUAACCUUGUGUAGGAUCAAAUAAUCAUUCAUGAAGUACUGAAACAUGCAGUGUUGUCAAUUAGCCCUAAUUCCAUUCACGUGUGCAAUGUUGCUUCCAUGUUCCAAUGGGCCUAGGUACAUACUGCAAUAGCUUCAUGUGGAAGAACAGGUUGCCGAGCAGAUGUAAAGUAGACCAAAAUGUUUGCCGAUCUGUUUCCACUAACCCUGUGCACGUUUGCAUUUCAGAUUCCACGAUUGGCUUACCUACAGAAGUAUGUGUAUAUAACAUUGUGUUCUGUUGCCUUUCAGAGAACCUGCAUUAUGAUUGAUGAGGAUAGGCUUGGUAGCAUGUCAAUGCUUCUCAGUCAAUAUUUAUCAUCAGAAGAGAAGCAACUGCUGUUGGUAGGGUGACCACAUUUUUAAAAUACCCAAAUGCGGGACAACAGGAUGAUUUUGCGAGACGUAGGCUAUACUGUCCCACGAACGUGAAUACAUUUUUUUUUUGCAGCUGCACCAGGGUAAUCGAAGCGCAUGAAGCCUACUCUUUUUCCGGGCUCGCACAAAAUUUGGUGACGCAAAAGAGACCAUGUGUGACUGUUAUGAAAAUCAGGGAAUAUUUGGCCAUGGAACCAUUUCUGGUUUGUCAGAGAAUUUAAUACAUUUAGGAAGGAAGACUUAAAACGGGAUUGAGUGAAGUAGCAGCAAUUACGUUGAAUGAGCAUCUGAGUAUGGAGUGCCUUACAAGUGUGACAAAAUUACCUUCUGUCAGUCUAAUAUUUACUCUUGUAGCUAUUCAUCAGAAGCAAACUUUUUGUAAGUAGUUUACUCACUGUCAGCAGCAAAUCCCGAAAGGAUAUGACAUGUGAUUUUGGUUGACAAUAUGACAUUGGUCUUAGUCUCGUCUUGCGCUGUGCAGAAUAUCAGAGAUCCUCAACGAUUGGAGAAGUGUUCAACGUUACCAGGACCACGGCCUUAUAAUAUAUCUUGUCAAAAGUGUAACAUGACUACAAAAGAGACGGUUAAGAAUGUCAAUUCUCAUCAAAUGAAUAGGAAAUCUGACUUAAAUACAGACAUCUAACUUUUUUGUAAAUUAGUGGUGUUUUAAUUGAAUUUAAAUGUGGGAGUGUCCUGCACAAUCCGGGAUAUGUGGUCACCCUAGCAGCUGGUAGGCUAACGCUGAUUAUGGUAUGCAUGAUGCAAUGGCAGAUGGCACAACCUUGAUGAAAUGAAGUAGUGUUAUCCUGAAUGGUAUAUAUUUUCCUCCAACCUGGGUCUUUUGACUAUGCUCACAUGGACAUGAGGCCAACCUGCUCCCCUCCUAUAGACGGCUUGCCUGGCUCUUUGGUAGACAUUUGAUGGACACGGUGGCAGCUCAAAUCCCCUGUCCUUGUGCUUCAUUAAACAGCUCAGCCACUUCAUAUCGAAAGACUCAAUCUGACCUAACCCUAGGUCUCCCAACUCAGGAUAGUUGUGCUUGGCCCUAUGCGAACCAUGAGAAACAAAACAAAGCUUUCUAUCAGUAGACUGAUUGGAUGAUCCUCCUCUACCAGAGCAUGUGGGCGGAGUUGAGCCGGUCAGAAAUCCCGCUCAUGGAGUGGUGCUUGCGCGGCGAUCCACGUCCUUUCCAAUUGCUCCGCUAAAAAACCGCUCUGCAGACACAGAAGGAAGAGAAAAAAACUGCCGCUCCAUUCGUUUAAAUCACAAUUGAACAAAUAAUCCUAUAAACAUUGAAAGCUCCUUGAAAGAGGUAAUAUGCCAGACCUAUUGAGCCAAAAUCAAUUAUGGCAUAUUGUAUAGAUAAUAGAACCAAAAUGAGCAAAACUUAGUUUAUAAAUACUUUGCUACAAUAACACUCUUAGCUAGCUGCCCCCCUCGUUCCUUUCUGUUAGCAUGUGCAUGUAGUAAGUUCCCCAUCAUGCUUUCGGGAUUUCUUUCAGAUUCCAAAAUGAUAAUUUUUGGGGUGUAAUUCUUUACCCCCUUUUUGUCCCUGAUUUCGUGUUCACUAUUUUGUCUCGUCGCUGACACUCCCCAAUGAGCUCGGGAGAGGUGAAGGUCGAGUCGUGCAUCCUCCGAAACAUGACCCGCCAAGCCGUGCUUUUUCACACCCGCUCGCUUAACUCGGAAGCCAGGCGUACCAAUUUGUUGGAGGAAACCCCGUUCUACUGAUGACCGAAGUCGACCUGCAGGCGCCUGGCCUGCCACGAGUCACGAGCACGAUGAGCCAAGUAAAGCCCCCCCAGCCAAACCCUCCCCUAACCCAGAUGACGCUGGGCCAAUUGUUACGCCACCAUAUGGGACUCCCAGAUACGGCCGGUUCUGACACAGCCUGAGAUCGAACCCCAGGCUGUAGUGACUCCGCAUCACUGCGAUGCAGUGCCUUAGACCCGGGAAGCCACCAAAAUGAUUCUUUAGUUGUGACACUACAUCACUGCAGUCUCUCUUGGUCCUUCUCGUCUUUGUAAGUCACCUUGAUUAUUAUAAAAAAAUAAAAUGUAAUGGAAAUAAGUAGCAUACUUGAUGUCAGUAGCUAAAGCAAGGGGCUAUAGCAGCACACAGGUAGACUACAAAUGCAUGCUGGGCUGGGCAUGCCCUGAGCUCGGGAAUGAGCGCUAUUGGGAAUCGGGCAAGAAGGCUGACGCUCCAGCCUUUGGAAACUCGCUGCACGCUCCGGUCAAAUUGAGCUCGCUCCGUUCACAUUCUGUCCUCUACCCCAACUUCUCUGAAAUACAGCCCAUAGAUUCUAAGGAGAGAUUCGACUCCUAAGUCAGUAAACACAAUAGGGUAUUUACGUCAUUAAUCAGGGACCUAGACUCAUUUGGAAUUUACACAAAUUUAAUGAUUUAUCUCUUGUAUUCUUGUCAUCCUGGCAGACCAUCUUGAUUCAAAACAUCUACCAUAACCCCCAAAACAGUGCACAGACGGCCGACGCCUCUCGCUACCAUUGCCCUGUUGAACAUUUACCGUAACCCUCAAAACACUGCCCAGUCUGCCGAUGGUAUACGCUGUGCCGUCAGCGAUGUGGAAAUGCAAGAGCACUAUGACGAGUUCUUUGAGGAAGUCUUCACAGAGAUGGAGGAGAAGUACGGAGAGGUGGAGGAGAUGAACGUGUGUGACAACCUUGGCGACCACCUGGUCGGCAACGUCUAUGUGAAGUUCCGUCGGGAAGAGGAUGCGGAGAAAGCGGUGAUGGACCUGAACAACCGCUGGUUCAACGGUCAGCCUGUCCACUCAGAGCUCUCCCCCGUCACUGACUUCAGGGAAGCCUGCUGUCGGCAGUAUGAGAUGGGAGAGUGCACCAGAGGAGGCUUCUGCAACUUCAUGCACCUGAAACCCAUCUCCAGGGAACUCCGUCGGGACCUGUAUGGACGCCGCAGAAAAGGCAAAGGAGGAGGUGGUGGAGGAGGAGGACACCGCUCUCGCUCGCGAUCCCGGGAAAGGCGUUCUCGCUCCCGAGACCGUGGCCGUGGUGGCGAUGGUGGAAGAGGUGGCGGACGAGACCGCGAGAAACGGAGGUCCAGGGACCGGGAACGUUCUGGAAGGUUUUAAGAUGAGCCAAGACCUAAUUAUCCCCCUCUUCCAACCCCUUGUCCCCCCUCCUCCUACCUCUCUCUCCCGUGAUGAAAAAUGUGUGUAACAUGUUGGAAUCCUCGUUAAUUUCAUUUAUUUUAUCCCUUUUUUUAAAGACACAAAUACAAGCUUCCGUUGCUUUCUCAAUAAAACAGACUUUGUAGUGAUUC